AUGGCGCGCAUUACGGACUUACCACCUGAGAUCAUAGAAUCCAUCCUUUGGAGUCUUGACAGUGUUCGCUCACUGAUUGCAGCUUUGCGCAGCUGUCGCCGUUUCUAUGCAUUCGUCCAGCAGAGCGAAAAGAUUGCGACAGGAAUUCUCAGAAGGAAAAUCAGUCCAGCUAUCUUGCCCUAUGUUGCGGCCUUAGAAGCCUCCUACCUCUGCGACGACUUCCCCGAUGUGAUUCUGAAACUUAUCGAACCCCGCCAUGACGACCUAGAUGCGCCUUCUGGCGAGUCCGACGAAUCCCAUUCCGAAUCCGAAGUAGACCUUGAAGAUUUCGAGGAGCCACUCGACGACAUCGAGGGGUCUCUUGACGAAUUUGACGACUUCGACACAGAGAGUUCUGAUUCCUUCCCUGGCCGCCGCGCCUUCAAGUUCGACUGCUUCCUCGCAGCCCGCAAACUUCUCAAAUUGCUCUAUGACCAGCCAUCCGCCCUCGUCGAUAUCAUAUUACCACCAGUCCCGAUCUUUGAUCUCCAUGUUGUGGAGCGCAGAUACGACAAGUUCAGUAAAAUAGCCACCGACUUCGCUGGGUUUGCUUGGGAACGUUUGAGUGAAGUUGAUGGUGGUGUUCCUCAGGAGGUGACUUUGUCAUCUGCUGAGCACGACCGUUUUUGCCGGGCCAUUUAUCGGCUUGAAAUCUUCUAUGUUCUUUACAAUAUCAUGGAAAGGAACGGGAAUACGGUGUACGACUGGUUCUUUUUAAGGCACUCGCCAUGGGAGAACGAGCAGAUGGCCUGCAUAUACCAUUUUCUUGAGAUGAGGUUUACAAGAAAUACUCAUGAAGUAUUCGCACAUGACGUAGGUUUUGGUAAACGUAAGGUCGACUACUUAAGGCUUUGGACGAAGAAUAAGUCUAGGCAGCUGUGGCUCUCUCAAGGAAUCGAGUACAUUGACGACGUGACAAUGCAGCAUGACUACGAGUCUAAGAAGCGUAUGCUCGAGACGACGGAUGGAGUUCAUUACGCACACUUCCCUGAAGUUCUGUGCGGCAUUGAGCCACAGAUGUUCUCCAUAGAUUAUUGGAGGCGCAGUUGGAGAAUGACCUUCGCGGACGGUGCUACUAUUAUCACUACGAAGGAGGGGGUGCUUUCGCGGGUUCUUCGCGAGGAAGAUAAGGAUCAUGACCUGGGUCCUCGUGAGUCUUGGAUUGCUGCUAAUUUGGGUAUGCGGAAAUGCGUAAGUCUGUUGAUGGAUGGCAAUGACUGGCUUCGAGAAUGUGCCUACCUAUUUUGGGACUGGGACCGGGUCAGGAGCUAUCAACUGUCCGGUUUGUGGCAACACGCCCCGGUGAGGAUGCCUUACACAAAAUGUGGUGCAAACAUCAAGGAGAUGAAGGAAUCGUUUGUCGAGCGCUCAAAGAUUUGGGAUGAGGGAGGUAGGGGCUAUUGGAGCAAAGGCGAUACUAGCCGUAUCGUAUGGCCAGAAAGCGAGGCGAUGGAACAAGCCUCAGGCUCAUAG